CCCCGGUUUCUUCCUGCCCACUGAUUUCUCUUCUCCAUGUGCUCUGCUGUUCUGUCUCCGGGGUUUUCGCUGUCAGGUAAUGAGGAGCAGUGGGCCCAGUCAGUCUUGGAGAUGCCGAAAAGACGAGACAUCCUGGCUAUCGUGCUGAUAGUUCUUCCUUGGACGCUGCUAAUCACCGUCUGGCACCAGAGCACCAUAGCUCCGCUGCUUGCCGUGCACAAGGAUGAUGGAGGAGAUUCCCGUCGCGACUUCUCCCAGGGCUCUGACUCCAAGGAAUAUUGUCUGUCUGACCGGGAUAUUGUGGAGGUGGUUAGGACAGAGUACGUCUACACGCGCCCACCACCUUGGUCAGACGCCUUGCCCACUAUCCACGUCAUCACGCCUACUUACAGCCGGCCGGUCCAAAAGGCGGAGUUGACACGGCUAGCCAACACUUUUUUGCAUGUCCCUAACCUUCACUGGAUCUUGGUGGAGGACUCCCAGCGGCGUACCCCACUUGUCACCCGCCUUUUGAGGGACACUGGGCUCAACUACACCCAUCUCAAUGUAGAGACUCCUCGCAACUACAAGCUGAGGGGGGACAUGAGGGACCCACGGAUCCCCCGUGGGACAAUGCAAAGGAAUCUGGCCCUACGGUGGCUGAGAGAGACCUUUAAUAGAAACAACAGCCAGCCUGGGAUUGUUUACUUUGCCGAUGAUGAUAACACGUACAGCCUGGAACUCUUUGAGGAGAUGCGGAGCACCCGGAAAGUGUCUGUGUGGCCAGUGGCCUUUGUGGGGGGCUUGCGCUACGAGUCACCCAAAGUAAACGCUGCUGGAAAGGUGUAUGGCUGGAAGACCGUCUUUGACCCUCAUCGGCCCUUUGCUAUCGACAUGGCGGGCUUUGCUGUGAACCUCAGGCUCAUCCUCCAGCGACCUCAGGCAUACUUCAAACUGCGAGGGGUGAAGGGGGGCUACCAGGAGAGCAGCCUUCUCCGGGAGCUGGUGACCCUGAACGACCUUGAGCCAAAAGCUGCCAAUUGCACUAAGAUUCUUGUCUGGCACACAAGGACAGAGAAACCGGUAUUGGUGAAUGAGGGGAAGAAAGGCUUCACAGAUCCCAAUGUGGAAAUCUGA